AUGCCUCUUCCGCCAUGGGCUACCAUUCAUCUAGAUAAGAAUGUAAAUGUCCGAAAAGACUGGGAACCAACCACAGCUAAGACUGAAGAGCUCUUCCGACAACGAUCUGUGAGGUAUUGGAGUGAGAGGUUGGAUCAAGCGCAGCAAAUGACCUGGGAGGAUAUUUCUCGUAAUGAACUGGAACGCUUUCAGGAUUUUUGUCGGACCGGUGAUGAUGAUGAUGAUAUAGCUAACGACACUACUGAUUCCAAAGCAUCAGGGCCAACAACAAUGCCGCAGCAGUUUCACAAUGAUGAGAACAGUAACAUCCAUGACAACAAUGUCAUUGUGCCCUAUCAUGAAAGGUUUGCAUUGGAGCCAUCCACUGAUUAUCCCUUCGACUUGCUACCAUGUCUUAUCAUCAAUCCGCCUCCAAGCUGCAAGCUGGACCGACAGGCACUGAUGCAAUCCAUAUACCUUCAAGUGAUGAAACAAAAUAAUAUUGUGGGCAAGAAGAAGUCGCGCCGCUCGGCGACAAUACUCCUACCCCGAUUGUUGCCAAGAUUGAGUCAGACACUGGCAUUAGUCUGGCGACAGAUAAUACACCAGGAACCAAACAAAAGUCUAUCUAGGUUUGCGUCCAAACGACUGAACAGGAAUCGGAGAACCCAAUCCCUUCAGAAAUGGAUUAUUUGGUGGGCGAGUCGAACUGAGCACUUUGAUCAAUUGGUGAUACUAUUGGAGGACCCUGGUGGAUUUGCCGAAACAGAAGUUCGACAAGACUUUUAUCGAUGCAUGGCGAAUUGGCGCAAAGAAAAGGGUCUUCCGCUAUCGCUAAUAGUAAUGGGAACCCAAGAACAAGUUCGGGAUCUCUGUCCAUUGGAUACACGCAUCCAAAUUUUGUCGCCUAAUGUGCAAACGAAAUGGAUCUGCCAAUUCUUGAGCAAUCUCAUGUUGUCGCAAUUGCCUCCACCCAUGCAGUGGAGCAAUAUUGUAACGACCUUGUUGGAAGACUUUCAGUAUCAUGAUGGAUCGUGUACCAAAUUUGUUCAAGAAUUCCGGGCGCAUGUGAUACACUUUUUUGCCGCUACCAAAGGGAGCUUUGCUUGGGAUUUGCGAGUCGAUCAGGACCGAUGGCACUUGAUGGCUUGGUUCUGUGCCUACGAAGGUGCCAAGGAAUACCUUGAGAAUACAAAUCCGGGGAGUGAAAAGUACAAAGCCUUGGAUCAAUGUGUCCGAAUGCAAGAAGAGCUUCAGCACUACUGGAAGGGUAUGAUUCUUGGGUUGCCACUUUUCCUUCAAUUUGGAAAGAACGAGAGUGAAACCAAAAUUGAAGCAACAGGGGCGAUUCCGUGUCUGGCAUUACUCUACAAAUGGAUACAGGAAAGAACGGACAAUGACAGUGACUUAGUGCUUCCAUUAAAAGACCUAAUGCCGUUGCAGCAACUCUUGGACCCGAAUGGUCAGAUCAAAGAGAUUACUUUCGCAACGAGUGGCAAACCAGCAAAAGCAAUCAAAACUUUGAUCCAAGAGCUUAUCAUUCUGAUCCAUGCAUAUGAUGGAAAAUCGGAACAAGCUGAAACGAGUCAUGUGGUGGACAAGGAAAUUAUCAACUCGAACUUGAUCAGCAUGAUACAAGAACUCUGCAACUUGAUUGGAGAGCAGAUUGACUCAUGGGUGGAGCGAUGGAUGGAAGAAUGCCCCUUAUUAGUGAUCGAAAACAAUAUGAAUUUAAAGAUGAAUGUUUGCAUUCGGCGGGAAACGAUCGAAGACUUGCCUCAACCAGCCAAGUCCAUGUACGAAUUGCUGCAAGAUCGCCUAUCAAUCAAGAGAGAAGACUGGUUCUACGAUUUCGGAGGCACGGUGGACGAUUUCACCAUGGGAGUCUGGAUGCUGACCGUGUCAGGAUUGGUGCAAUGCAAACGGAUUCGAGGGGGAGGAAUCUUGUAUGAAAAGGUCGCAGUCGUUUGGACUUCCUAG